AUGGCACUCAACACGCCACAAACGUUUCAAGAUGCUUUGCAUCGGUCGUCAUACUUUUUCGUAAACGAGGAGGAGAUGAAGAAUCUGGAUGAGCAGUACGAAGCGACGAAAGCAGCAAUCCGAAGCUCAAUUUUGACGCGCCCCUCGAAGAAAGGCAACCCAUCAAACAACGCAACAACGCAGAGCUCGGACAAACCUAGAAGCGGCAGUGCCCAUAACUACCAAGUAGGCACUGGACGCGGAAGAGGAGAGCCGUGCAACAACACUUGGGUAAGAAAGCCCACCAACUACGACGAAAAGGCUUUCUGCGAGUAUCACCAGACCUACGGGCAGUCUACGGCACAAUGCCGAACUUUAGGAGCGAAACUCGCGGCUAAGAUGGCGGCGGGAGAACUCCAGAACGCGGUUAACCUCAAAGACCUCGUCCCUAAUGAACCAAAAGAAGGAGCCGAGCCGAGCGGCGCGGCAGAACCUGCAAAUCCUCCCCGACAAGGCGAUAACUCCAAGCGCGACAGGAGAGGCAAACCCAAAGAGCGACCCGAGUCGAGGCAAAGGAUCAACAUGAUCAUGGGUGGAUCUCAAUAUUACCAAGACACGGUGUCCUCCAUCAAAGCUUAUCAGCAUCGAGCCGAAGCAAAGGAAAAUUGGACGGAACCGACCGACCUCCCGAAUACAGUGAUCUCCUUCGCCGAGGAGGAAACAGCAGAAAUUGAUAGACCACACAACGAUCCGCUGGUGUUGGAAUUAACGAUCAGGGAUCACGAUGUAGUGAGGGUGCUCAUCGAUACUGGGAGCUCGGUGAACGUCAUUUUCAGGGAGACACUCAAAAGGAUGGGAAUCGAUCUCUCCGAGGUGAUAGCGAUCCCCAAACCUCUAACCGGAUUUUCAGGAGAAACAACGAUGACUAUGGGAACAAUUACACUAAGAUCGUCGAAUUCUGCGUCACCGAUCACCCAGCAAUCUACAACGUGA